GUUUUAUUUAAACUUCCUGGUACGUUUGAACUAUUUGUUGCAUAAGCAGCACGUUUGUACCUACCAACUGUCAAAACAGUUAAUAAGUGCAUUUGUCUGUGCUUGUCAUUCGUUAUAUCAAGAUGGGUCACGGUUUUGGUGAACUGUACAAACUCCGCGGUAUUAUUACCUACAGGCUUUCACCAUUUGAAUUGAAAGCUUUUGCUGGAAUCAUUUCUCAUGGUCUUCCCAACACAGUUCGUAGGAUAGCUGAAAAUGUCCUAUACAUUGUACCUCCACUAGCAAUUGGGUACGUUACAUACUCAGAAAUUGAGAAGGCUCAUCACAAUAUGAUGAAGAAGAAUCCUGCUGAUUAUGAAAAUGAAAAGUGAUUUGUUUAAAUUAUAGUGAAUGUUAGUAAUAAAUAUAUUAAUAAAACCAUUGUAAAACACCA